AUGGACAUCCAGACAGAGAUGGUCUCAGGGCCUGAAGCGCCAACCAAGACCCUGGAGGCUCCUCCCAUGGAUUUAGAGGAGAACAUGACUCCACCGCCCAACUCGGGAGAAGACGUUUACUCCGUCCCGCAACAGCUUGGAGGCCUGCCGGAUGUUCCCGGGACCGGCAGUGGGGAAUCCAGGCUCUGUGAUCCCGAGACACAGAAAGAUCCAGACAGCAUGGAGGGGCCCAGCUGGUUCUCAGACCCCCAAAACGCCAGUCCCCAGAGAACUAAAGAAGAGGGCUCCAGGAACAUGGUGGGAGCGGUGGGAGAGCCUGCUGACGCUGUGGUCUUGGAGGACAGCACAAGCUGGGCCAGGAAUACGGGCCAGGACUUGGAGGCGGGGGGUAGGCCUCAGGCCCCACCUGGUGCUGACCAGCUCAUGGAUUUAGAGGGCGGGGGGAGAGAAGACUGCCCAGAGGCUGACCAGAGCCAGCUCCAAGACCUGCUGGCCCAGCUCCAAAGACUCGGCCCCGGUUUCCAUGACGGCUCGCCCAAUUCAAAAGACGAUCUGCCUACCUCGGACGGGGAGGAGGGCCAGGCUUUUGCAGACGAGAGGGGCCCGCUGCUCAGCCCUGCUGCCCGGACCGAGUGCAGGGGACUGCAGGGGGAAUGCGCGCCCUGCCCGCUGCAUCUUGCCAUGAGGCGCAACUUGGGAGCAGCGUCCCACCGGUUCCUGCGACCCACCCGUGAGUGGCGGGGCCGGGGUAGCCAUGGGCUGCUUUCGGUCGAGGCCAAUCGGGAGGACCUCCUGAGCCUCUUGCGCUAUGAAGAGGGACCCCCCGCCGAGCAGAAUGACCACCAGACGCUGCUGGCAUGCUCCAGCGUGGUGGCAGGGACGAGCUGCCAGGUGGCACGGGGCAAAGGAAAAACUGGUGCACAGGAGAUGCCAGCGUGGCCUGACGGGCCUCCAGAUCCAACCCUUCAGAGCUUGGACCAGCUGGGGACGAAAGGCUCCUGUCAGAGUUUUGCGAGUGGGGCUGCCGGUCCUGAAGACCCCAAUAUCUUGGGUUCGAGUCGGGGGGCCAACAGCCGCGAGGGCUCCCCGGAGCCAGGAUGGAGAGUGGUGGCUGAAGGUUCCAGCCGCAGUGGAGAGCCGCCUCCCCCUGUAGACGAGGCUAAUAAAGCUGAUCUGUCUUCCUUCCCGGCUUACAAGGAAGUACCAGGUCCCUGUGAGCCUGAGGAUCUACUCGAUGGAGUCAUCUUUGGGGCCAAGUACCUGGGCUCCACCCAGCUGAUCUCAGAGAGGACCCCUCCCACCAAUAUCCGAAUGGCCCAGGCCCAGGAAGCUGUGGACAGGAUAAAGGCUCCAGACGGAGAAUCUCAGCCCAUGACGGAAGUGGACCUCUUUGUCUCCACGCAGAGGAUUAAAGUUCUCACGGCUGACUCUCAGGAAGCCAUGAUGGACCACCCCCUCGCCACCAUCUCAUACAUAGCCGACAUUGGCAAUAUCGUGGUGCUCAUGGCCCGGAGGAAGCUACCUCGCCAGGCAGACACUUCUGCGGAGAAGCAGCUCUACAAAAUGAUCUGCCAUGUCUUCCACUCAACUGAUGCCCAGUUGAUAGCCCAGGCAAUUGGCCAGGCCUUCAGCGUGGCAUACCAGCAGUUCCUGCGUUCGAGCGGCAUCGACCCCAGCCAGGUUGGCCCUCGCCGGUAUGACGAUGACGAUGUACAGGCCACAGGGGAGGACCUGUUCAACGGGGAUUUGGCUCACUUCUCCAAGCAAGAGAACUGUAAGGAAGUCUUCAUCCGUAAACAGAAGGGGGAGAUCUUGGGGAUCGUGAUUGUCGAGUCGGGUUGGGGUUCCAUCCUGCCCACGGUGGUCAUCGCCAACCUGAUGCACCGGGGAGCAGCGGAGAUGUCCGGGAGCCUGAGCAUCGGGGAUCGCAUCAUGUCCGUCAACGGGACCAGCCUGGUGGGGUUGCCGCUUGCUACGUGCCAGAACAUCAUACGGGAUUUGAAAAACCAGACCGAAGUGACCGUGAAAGUUGUGCACUGUCCCCCAGUAACCAUGGCCAUUGUCCGGCGGCCUGACACAAAAUACCCUCUGGGAUUCUGCGUGGAAAACGGCAUUAUCUGCAGCCUCAUGCGUGGCGGGAUCGCAGAGCGGGGCGGCAUCCGGGUCGGGCACCGCAUCAUCGAGAUCAACGGGCAGAGCGUGGUGGCUAUGCCACACGAGAAGAUCAUCCAGAUCCUCACGCAGGCCGUCAGCGAGGUGCACAUCAAGACCAUGCCAGCAUCAACCUACCGGCUCCUGACCGGCCAGGAGCAGCCGGUAUUCCUCUGAAAGGAGACGUCU